AUGCCAGAAACGGACCGCGAGGGUGACGUGGUUGUUCCUGUCCGCAGCUCGGGGCACCCCGUGCCGCGAUACCGCCAGUUCCCGCAGGUGACGCGGCGGCAGGUGGUGCUGAGCGAGCUCAUCAGCGGCUUCAUGUGGUUCUGGAUCUUCUGGCACUCCUGGCACUCGCCGGACACUGUGCUGGGCCACUUCCCAUACCCGGAUCCCUCAGCCUGGACCGAUGAGGAGCUGGGUAUCCCCCCUGAUGAUGAAGAGUAGCCAAGGGCAGCCAAGGCCGGCCAGGCCCCCUCGUCCUAGAGAGGAAUCCCAGAAGGUGACAGUUUUGUUCUUGCAUUACUGUUUCAGUAAACUAUAAC